CUAGAGUAUAUUGUGCCUGCUGGGUGUGUUUAGCCAGGGAGCCUCCAGCAAUACAAUAAUUAGUGAGUGACUGGAACUUUGUUGUGCAGGGAUGUUUGUGGCACCAUAGAAACAACUGCUGGUGAUUCCCUGGGUCUGUGUUCCUGUAGACUUGGUAUUUCUCUGCCUUCCAGAGUCCCACCAGGAUACGAGACUGGCACUAUGCCAGAGAAAAAAAAAGACAAGAAAAAAGGCAAAAAAGAACCUAAACCGAUAGACACAUCUUUACUAAAGAGAUUCCUGAAGACUUAUGAGAAUCACUGUGCAGAGAGCCAGUCCUUAACCAGCCCCACCAUCACACAGGCCCUAAAAAAAUGCAUCCAAAAUGGAACACGCUACGUGAAGGUCCUACUUUCAUGUCCUGAAAAGCUCUCUGGAGAUUCCCAUAGGGUUUUUCUAAAGCCAUUGCUGAUGACAAUCCGAGAUGUUCGGUAUAUGGUGGCAACUGACCUCUGUGUGUGGGGCAUCUCUCUCAGCAACCAGGAUGUUGCCAGUCUAGCCAUUUUAAUUGAGCUGAGUGGCAGAACAUCCUAUCCAUUUUUCAGGCUGGAUUUAAUAAAUUGCAGCAUUGAUUCCUGGUCAAUUUUAAGGCUAGGGAGGGCAAUCAGAUACAGCAAUUUAACAACUGUGUCCCUGGAUUAUAAUGAGUUCCAAAAUGAUGGUGUCCAAGGUCUUGUUCGGGGUCUUGAAGCAAACAAGAAGCUGAUCUCAUUGAGUCUGUGUUACUGUAACCUGGGACCAGAGAGUGGUGCCGUGCUGGGCAAAGUCUUGGCAGAAACAGCCAUCAGUGAAUUAUAUCUCAAUGGAAACCAUUUGCAGUGCUCUGGUGCAGUUGCUCUCAUAACCACUAUAGCAGAACACUGUCAGGGAUUAGCUACCGACGAGUUGCCUGAGGUGCCCACAAGCCUGGCCCAUCAGUUCUUGGAAGCACAUGACAGUGUCGGUGUCCACACGGUAAUAUCAGAGCAGCUGGGUAACAUAGGGCAACAUGGAGAUGUAGCAGAGAAAACUAUUGCCAAAAGAAAAAUCAAAAGAAAAGGAUCCAAGAAAAAAUCUAAAGGUCUGGUGGUGCCUGGGCCGUGGGUGAGCAAAUUACAUCUGGCUGAUAAUGGGAUUGAUGCAAUGGGAAACGAAGGCAAGAUCGGGGUGCUGGAAUUCUCCCAGUUACUGAGCUGUCUUAUCCGCUACUCUAAACAACUCUCAGAACUCAACAUAGAUGACAACUGCCUGGGAGAAUUGGCUGCCAAUGAUAUCCUAGAAGCCAUAGUUGACAGGAAUAAAGCUAAACUGCCACGUCUGAAAAUGAAUGUUACAGCUCAGAUUCCCUCUGAUACCUUCAAAGCAAUUCAUAAAACCAGCGGGAAGCUAAAGCUUUCAAAAAAGAAAAGGAAAAAGAAGAGAAAAUGAAUGAACGAUCACAUUGCAGCACUGAAUAUAUCUGGCAAAGAAGAAAAGAAAGAAUGUUCUUUUAAUGGAAAUGCUUUUUGACAUGUAUUCACUUAACUGUGUAUAAUUAUAAGCUUAGCAGACUUUUAUAAGUCCCCCUUCUGCUCAUCUUUCCUCCUGCCCCUUCUUCCCACAACUAUUUUUCAAAUCUCACAUCCUCCUCAUAUUCUCCUUAUAUUCUCCUCAUAUUCUACCCACUUUUGCUUCACACCUGACCCCUGCUCAUGAUCCCUUUCUUUAAUAUCUCGCUUUCACCCUCAUAUUCACCCAAAUUCACCUCCCCCUCAUUUCCACCCUACAUUACAUCGUCCUUCAAUUCUCCCCACAUCCUCAAGUAUCCCCCGCCCUAUCACUCGCAUCAUUUGUAUGGGGUCUAUGUAUAUAUGGUCACACACUAUACAGAAGUCACAACACUUCUCCACAUCUUUUCCUUACCAAAACAUAUUGUCUAUAUUGAUUCCUUAUAAUGUUUCCCUAGUUCCAUAUUGUGUCUUCUCUAUAUCAAAUUGAACUGUUUCCUCCUGUUUCUCAUAAAAUGCCCUUCAUAUAAUUAUAUCAGAUUUUCAGCUAUUUCUGUCCUUUAUCUGCAUAUUCCCUGCACCAUUACUCUUCAGUAUCUUAUCUUUCUCCUUUUCUUAUCAUCUCCCACCCAUCCCUUGACAUGUUUCUUGACAUCACCCAUCAUUCUCCUUGGCACUGCACCUUUUCAUAGAUUCUGCUUCCCCUAAGGGUCAGGGCACACUCUCAGAUUCGGGGAGAUUUAUUGCUUGGCGACAAAUCUCCUCGUUUU